AUGUGCCCUAAAAUAGAGAAAAAGGACAAGGACAGUAAAGUUGAUUCUAAACCAAAAGAUUCUGAGAAAACGAAUAGUGAUUGCAAUCUGGCAAACGUCUCGAGUGAUCCGGAAGUGUUAAUGCAAACGUUGUGUGUGAAAUUGCGGAAUGAAAACAAUGAAAUUAUUGUUCGCGCAAUUAUCGAUACCGGAUCUCAGAAAUCUUACAUCACCAAGGAAGCGGCUGAGCACCUAGACCUUUACGAGCCAAUUGCCGAGCAGACGAUGACACACUCCCUUUUCGGUGGACAAAAAUCGGACGCGGUGCGACAUAAAAAAUAUCGGAUUCGCUUGAGCAGUCGAGACAAUAAUUAUCGCUGUAAUUUCGUCGAGCUGGACCAAGCUGUGAUUUGUGAGAGAGUACCGCUAAUAAAAAUCGGAGAGUGUGAUCGGGAGCUGAAAAAAUUCGACAUCGAUGUAAGUGAUUGGCAUAGCAAGAGAGAGUCGAUUUCAGUACUUAUCGGUGCCGACGUGGCCGGCAAGUUGUAUACGGGCCGUAUACACGUACUGAAAAACGGCUUAGUCGCAAUAGAAACGUAUCUUGGUUGGACAGUUAUGGGUAAGGUUCCCGAAGUCGAAACAAAGGAGAAUGCCGCGACGACUGCUAUAUCGCUGUUUGUAAACAAAGACGAGAUCGCGGACAUAUGGUCGUUAGACAUUCUGGGAAUACGUGAUCCAAUCGAGACGAAAACACGGAAGGAAAGAGAUGUCGAGAUGCAAGAAGCUUUUCUGAAAACCGUGCGAGUUAACGAAGAGGGGCGAUACGAGAUACAAUUGCCGUGGUUGCCGAAUCACCCUGCUUUGCCACAUAAUAAGGAGACGGCUAUGUAUCGGUUGCAGUCUACGGUACGGAAAUUGAAGGCCGAGGAUUUGUAUGCUGAUUAUGAGGCAGUUUUUGGCGAAUGGCUUGCUGAGGGGAUCAUCGAGCGUGUCCCGGUGCAGGAGGAGAAUGAUUGGGGCUAUUAUCUACCUCAUCGUCACGUGGUGAAGGAGGGCAGUACGACGAGAAUUCGACCAGUAUUCGACGCAUCAGCCAAAGAGAGGACGUCGCCGUCGCUCAACGAGUGCCUACAUAAGGGCCCAAAUUUGAUAGAAUUGAUCGCGUUUAUUCUUCUGCGCUUCAGAGAAAAUAAAAUCGGUGUCGUAGCGGACAUUAAAAAGGCUUUUUUACAAAUCAGUAUCGAUAAAAAAGAUCGAGAUUUCUUGCGUUUUUUAUGGUACGAUGCGGAGGGAAAUAUAAUUGUUCUUAGACAUUGUAGAGUCGUUUUCGGAGUUUUAUCGAGUCCUUUUAUUUUGAGCACGAUUAUCAAUUUACAUUUGAAUAAUUAUACGAGGUCGGUGAAAAGUUCUGAUAACGACGUUUCGACGGAAAAUAUUAAAAGAUUGUUAGAAAGCUUUUACGUUGACAAUUCAGUAACUAGUGUAAAUACGCGAGAAAGUUUGAAUAGUUUCAUCUCAAACGCAAAAAGACUGAUGAAUAUAGCUGGUUUUGACCUUCGAGGGUGGGAGUAUAGUGAUGAUAAUUCUCAUGACAACCAGACGACAGUAUUAGGCGUUAAUUGGGAUAAAGAAGCUGACACGUUAGCAGUAAAAGAAACCUGGAGUGAAAAUUUGACGUGGGAUGAUGAAGUUCCAGACGAGUUAGAAACUAAAUUUUUGAAAUGGAUGGAAGAUUUGAAAGAGCUUAAUAAAAUUAGAAUUACACGAUGUUUUUUAGGACAAAUCUCUGAGUCGGAUAACGAUAAUGAUAUAACCGACCGAGAUCCAGAGGAGGCAGAAAUGGCUCAAUUAAGAGUCGAAAAUGAAGAACUGAAAAAAAAACGCCGCCAUACCACCGGCACUACUACUGCCACAGCCGGUACCGGCCUCGACCUCGGGCACAGCCCCGGCCCCGACUCCGGGCACAGCCCCGGCCCUGGUCCCGGGCAUAGCCCCGGCACCGGCACCGACACCGACACCGACACCGACACCAGCAUCAGCUCCGGUACCAGCAUCGGCACCGGCACCAGCACCAGCCCUAGCACCAACAUCUUCAAUUUCAGUGCUAAAAUAA